CUCCCGUUUUCCAACUGCGUCUUCCACUGUCAGUUAUAAAAAAGUAUGGGGACAGUGGUACAAGCCGGGUCCAGUGUCCUAGUCUGGGUGGCCUGUCUACUUCUGGCAUGUUCUGGAGCCAAAGUCACUCAGCCUGAAGUGGAUACCCCCCUGGGUCGCGUGAGAGGCCGGCAGGUGGGUGUGAAGGACACAGAGCAGCUGGUGAACGUCUUCCUGGGCAUUCCGUUUGCUCAGGCACCACUAGGCCCCCUGCGGUUCUCAGCCCCACUCCCGCCACAGCCCUGGGAAGGCGUGAGAGAUGCCAGCACCAAUCCCCCAAUGUGCAUGCAGGACGUAGAGAGAACAAGUAACAGCAGAUUCACCCUCAACCAAAAGUUUCAGAUCUUCUCUAUUUCCGAGGAUUGCCUGAUCCUCAACGUCUACAGCCCCGCUGAGACCACUGCAGGGGCCAGACUGCCGGUCAUGGUAUGGAUCCAUGGGGGCUCUCUGGUAGUUGGCUCUGCCACCUCUCAUGAUGGAUCAGCCCUGGCUGCCUAUGGGAAUGUGGUAGUAGUCACUGUCCAGUACCGUCUCGGCAUCUUUGGCUUCCUCAGCACCGGAGACAAGAACAUGCCUGGCAACCAAGGCCUCCUCGAUGUGGUAGCCUCUCUACGCUGGGUGCAGGGAAACAUAGUCUCCUUUGGGGGUGAUCCCAACUGCGUCACUAUCUUCGGUAAUUCUGCUGGUGGCAUGAUUGUCUCAUCCCUGGUCCUGUCUCCAAUGUCUGCGGGGUUAUUUCACAGAGCCAUAUCCCAGAGUGGGAUUAUCACCAACAAGAUAUUGAAGGAGAUAAACCCUUGGCCUGAAGCACAGACCUUAGCCAACUCCUUGGGCUGCAGCUCCGUGUCCUCAGCUGAGCUGGUGCAGUGUCUGCUACAGAAGGAAGGAAAGGACCUUAACAAUCAGCAGAAAAACGUGCAAGUUUCCUACAUAAGCAAUGAUUCCUUCUUCCCACAAAGCCCAGAGAAGCUCCUAACAGAGAAGCAAUUCCCCACUGUGCCCUACCUCCUGGGAGUCAACAAUCAUGAGGUUGGCUGGCUCAUGCUCAAGGUCUGGAAUAUCCUGGAGAAGUUGGAACACUUGAGCCUGGAGGAACUGCUGGAGAUUUCAAGGCCCUUUUUGACCAGUAUGGAGGUGCCCCCUGAGAUUAUGCCCAUCGUCAUAGACGAAUACCUAGACAAGGGCUCAGAUGCACCAGCCAUGAGAUACGCCUUCCAGGAACUGGUAGGUGAUAUCGUGUUCGUCAUUCCUACCUUGAUCUUCUCAAAACACCUCCAAGAUGCUGGGUCCCCUGUCUUCUUGUACGAGUUCCAGCAUACCCCCAGUUCUUUUGCGAAGUUCAAGCCGUCCUGGGUAAAGGCUGACCAUGGGUCUGAGAGUCCCUUUGUCCUUGGAGGUCCUUUCCUCACAGAUGAAAGCAACUUCCUGGCCUUCCCAGAGGCCACAGAGGAAGAGAAACAGCUGAGUCUGACCAUGAUGGCCCAAUGGACCCAGUUUGCACACACGGGGAACCCCAACGGCAAGGGGUUGCCCUCUUGGCCCCAGUUAAACCAGUUAGAACAAUACUUGGAGAUUGGCCUACAGCCACGGAUUGGGGAGAAGCUAAAGAAGAACCGGCUACAGUUCUGGACAGAGACACUGCCCAGAAAAAUCCAAGAGUGGCGCCAACAACAGAAGAGCAGGAAAGCGCCAGAGGAACUCUGAGGCGGGGCCUCUCUGGACCUUCCUCUCAGCGCCAACCCAAAGGGCCUGGAGUCCCAGCAGGACAGCUUCUUUCUGUUUCUACCCGGACACUUUAACCUGGACCAGGCUGAUGCGAACACACAUUCCUUAAGGCAUGAGCCUCUGCAGGACAGGCAUGGCGCACUAGUGAAUGUCACCACACUGGUUUCUACCUCAGGACCCUUGCACAAGCUCCUGCUUUGUCCUGUGGUGUCUUGAAUCCUUGCUCCACGGCAAGGUCCAGCACAUUAGUCAAGCUCUUCAGAGGAUCUGUUCUCCUGAGUCAAGCUCUUCAGAGGAUCUGUUCUCCUGGGAAGCUCCUCUGCCUCCACUAGGCCAUGUGUGCCUAUUAGAACCCAGCCCACCACAAGCUCACAACAGCCAGUCUGUGUCCUUGUCCCUCCCAGAGGAGGUCUCUGAAAACAGACGUUGAUAACCGCACUCUGUCACCAUAGCAAGAUUAGGCAGGACCUGGAGGCAGGGAGUGUUUCAUAAAUGGAUGACAGACAGAAUCUAUGAUCACGGAUUCUAGAUUUGAACCCAGACCCUUCUUCAGGCACCAAAAUCAAUAUUUCAUCCCCGACAAAUGUCCACCCUGGCCAGGAAGGUGACCUCUGAAGGUGGAGGUCUUGGGGCACAGGGGGCCUUAACUUCGAACUGAAAGACCCCGGGUGUGGGGAGACUUUCACUCAAGUCUCGGGAUAACACGACCCCCCAAGAACUCAUGAGAGACAGUCCUUGCUACAAUCACACGAGGUUUAUUGACAGGAACAAGCGCUGUGGCCAAGACUCAUAUCCCACACAGGGGAGGAGUUCGAACCCGAGUAGCUGGGAGAGGGGGUAUUUAAGGGAAGAAACCACAACCCAAAAGGGGGUAGGGAGGCCGUCAUUAGAAAAUUCCGAAAAUACUAGUGAUCAUUGAAAAAUUCUGAAAAUGCCAGUGAUAAUCACAAAGGGGUAACUCCCUAUUUCUCAAGAUUAUAAUCUAACUUUAUGGUCAGCUAAUCUCUGGAACAGAAUCACUGCACCAGCUAACCUAGAUUUUUGGCUCUUCUCUUCCUGCUAGAUUUUUGGCUCUAUUUUUCCUGCUAGAGGGGUCUGGAUUUAUCUGGGUCUUUCAGAAUAAACCUAGCACCUAGAGGUCUCUAGGCAGGACCUA